AUGCCUCCCAAACGAACAAAGCGUGAGUCUUCGACACCUCCAGUCCGUGGCUCUUCCAAAAGGGCGAAGACGUCCAACAACAAUGGGAGCUCAUCCGAUGCUUUGCGCCAGCCUCAUCACAAGGCGGGUGAAGCUGAGGAGAACGGGAUUGCAAUUCGCAAGUUCUAUCCAGCUGAAAUGAGCAAUGCGCGGGCUCGCGCCUACAACAACAACGAACUUCCGCGACCAAUCGAAGUAUUGAUCAAUGCCCUCGAGGACACGGCACAGGACCGCAAGAGCAUCGAUGUCAAGAAUGCGGUCGUCCAUUGGUUCAAGAUGGACCUGCGAAUAUCUGACAACAGAGCUUUGGCUUUGGCCAGUGACAAGGCGAAGGAAGCAGGGGUUCCUCUCAUCGCGAUGUACAUCAUUAGUCCCCAGGACUACGAGGCUCAUCUGAGGGCCCCUGUACGCAUCGACUUUAUGCUACGAACACUGGCAGUUAUCAGAGAAGACCUUGCAAAACUCGAUAUUCCUUUAUACGUGGAGACUGUUGAGAAAAGGAAGCAUCUUCCCGACCGAAUUCUAGAGCUUAUGGAUGAAUGGGGUGCAAGCCACCUGUACGCCAACAUGGAAUAUGAAGUUGAUGAACUAAGGCGCGAAGGUGCAAUGAUCAGAGACUUCGCAGAAAAUGGCAAAGCAUUCGAAGUUGUUCAUGAUACAUGCAUCGUCCCUCCGGGAGAGCUUCACACUGGCGCUGGGAAGCAGUAUGCAGUUUAUACUCCGUGGUACCGGACUUGGGUUGCUCAUAUUCACGAAAACCUUGAUCUGUUGGAAUUGUUCGAACCGCCACAUAAAAACCCAAGCAGUGCAUGCAGAGACUUCAAAAAGCUUUUCGAUGUCGAAAUUCCUGACGCACCUGAGAGCAAACGACUGGAUGGCGAGGAGAAAGAGCGAUUACGUCUACUGUGGCCUUGUGGAGAGCACGAGGCGAAGAAGAGACUGGGCAAGUUCUGUGAAGAAAUGAUCAGCAAUUACCAAAAGAAGAGGAACAUUCCAGCUGAUGCAGGCACCUCGUCGCUAUCAGUGCAUUUGGCUUCCGGGACAAUCAGCGCAAGGACAUGCGUGCGAACUGCGCGUGACAGGAACAAAACGAAGAAGCUUAACGCAGGUAAUGAAGGCAUUCAGACUUGGAUCAGUGAAGUUGCCUGGCGAGACUUCUACAAGCACGUUCUUGUUCACUGGCCAUAUGUCUGCAUGAACAAACCUUUCAAGCCGGAGUACUCGAAUAUUUCAUGGUCAUACGACAACGAUCACUUUGCGGCAUGGUGUGAGGGACGCACAGGGUUUCCUAUCGUCGAUGCAGGAAUGCGACAGUUGAAUGCUCUAGGAUAUAUGCACAACCGAUGCCGAAUGAUUGUCGCUUGCUUCCUAGCAAAAGACCUCCUACUUGACUGGCGAAAGGGUGAAAGAUACUUCAUGGAGCAUCUUGUCGAUGGCGACUUUGCUUCGAACAACGGCGGGUGGGGCUUCAGUGCCAGUGUUGGUGUUGACCCCCAACCGUAUUUCCGCAUCUUCAACCCCUUGCUACAAAGCGAGAAGUUCGAUCCGGAUGGCGACUACAUCCGCAAGUGGAUUCCUGAGCUUAAAGGCCUCGACAAUAAAGCAAUUCACGACCCAUACAACCGGGGUGCCGGCCCCAAAGCUAAGAAGGCCGGAUAUCCUGCACCUAUUGUUUCGCACAAGGACUGCCGGGAUCGAGCGCUGUCGGCAUAUAAAGAGGGGCUUGCGAGCGGCGAGUGA